UAUAUAUAUUCUCAUUAUUAUAUAUAUAAUCUGUGUUGUAUUUGCUUAGCCAUACUGUAUCUUGGUGGUUUUUUUAUAUUCAUCCAUCAUUGAUCAGCUUUUGACUCUUGAAGGCUUCAACUCUGUGUGUGUAGAUAUAUAUAUAUAACUAUCUGAGUGUUAAACACACAAAACAAGGCCAACCGGUGAAAGCCACAUACUGGAACUUGUUUAUCUUUGGAAGUUAUUAAUAUAUUUUUUUUUUGGGGGCUCUGAGUUUCUGUUGUUGUGCUGAGGCCUUUCAAUGGCUGCUUUUGUUGGGGCGGUGAAGCUCUUUAUCUCUUUGGUUCUUUGGCUCAACACUCUCUCAUCUAUUCAAGGUGCGAGGGAUUUCUACGAAUUUCGGUACCCGUUCAUCAAAAGGGCGAGUUCAUUUUCAUCAUCGUCAUCGUUCUCAUCAUCGAGUAACGAUGAAGUUAGGUACGACUACAUAAUCGUGGGAGGUGGCACAGCCGGGUGUCCCUUAGCAGCCACACUGUCUCAAAACUUCAGUGUAUUGAUGUUGGAGAGAGGUGGUGUUCCCUUCUCAAAUGCCAACGUCUCCUUCCUCAGAAACUUCCACAUCGCCUUGGCUGACACUUCCCCAACCUCUGCUUCCCAACCUUUCGUUUCCACCGAUGGUGUUAUUAAUGCUAGGGCUAGGGUUUUGGGUGGUGGCACUUGCAUUAAUGCUGGCUUUUAUACCAGAGCUAACUCAGAUUUCUUACGGAGAGUAGGAUGGGAUGCUAGGCUAGUGAACGAGUCCUAUCCAUGGGUGGAGAAACAGAUUGUUCACCAGCCUAAACUAGCACCAUGGCAAGAUGCCUUCAAGGACAGUCUUUUAGAUGUUGGGGUCUCACCUUAUAAUGGAUUCACCUACGACCAUAUCUAUGGAACUAAAGUUGGAGGCACCAUUUUCGACCGAUUUGGCCGUCGUCAUACGGCGGCUGAGCUUCUUGCUUCUGCUAACCCGAAAAUGCUUACUGUUUUAGUGUAUGCCACUGUCCAAAAAGUCUUAUUCGAUAAAUCAGCAGGGAAGAGGCCAAAGGCAAUGGGAGUGAUGUUCAAAGAUGAAAACGGGAACCAACAUCAGGCAUUUUUGACUAAUAAUCGAAGGAGUGAAGUGAUUUUAUCAUGUGGUGCAAUUGGGACUCCUCAAUUGCUAAUGCUUAGUGGCAUUGGACCCAAAGCUGAACUACAGAGGUUGAACAUUUCCAUGGUGUUGCAUAAUGAGUUUGUUGGAAAGGGCAUGGCUGAUAACCCGAUGAACUCGGUUUUCGUCCCGAUGACACGUUCUGUGGAACAAUCUCUGAUACAAACUGUUGGCAUUACCAAGAUGGGUGUUUACGUCGAAGCUAGCAGUGGAUUCGGACAGUCCCAGGACAGCAUUCAUUGUCAUCAUGGAUUGUUGUCUGCUGAGAUAGGGCAACUCUCAACAGUUCCACCAAAGCAAAGAACACGACAAGCCAUUGAAGAAUUCAUCAAAAGGAAACGAGACCUUCCACGUGAGGCUUUCAAGGGAGGUUUCAUUUUAGAGAAGAUUGCAAUGCCCCUUUCCACUGGCCACCUCAACCUAAUCAACACAAACAUCGACAACAACCCUUCGGUUACCUUCAACUACUUCGGCCACCCCCGCGACCUAGGCAGAUGCGUCAAUGGGAUCCGGAUGGCUGCCAAGGUUAUACAAUCGGACCGAUUCACGAACUUCACCAAGUGUGACAAACCGACCGUAGAGAAGCUUCUUAACAUGAGUGUCAAGGCUAACAUUAACCUUAUACCCAAGCAUACUAAUGACACCAAGUCCCUAGAACAGUUCUGCAAAGACACUGUAAUCACAAUCUGGCAUUACCAUGGAGGGUGCCUUGUUGGGAAGGUGGUGGACCCUAACCACAAAGUUCUUGGAACCAGAAGACUCCGGAUCGUGGAUGGCUCCACAUUUAGUGAAUCCCCCGGAACUAACCCUCAAGGCACUGUCUUGAUGAUGGGCAGAUAUAUGGGAGUCAAGAUUUUGAGACGAAGACUAGGCAAAGCUGCUGGUGUGUAAGGACCGGCGUUUGUUUGUGGUAGUAGUGGGAGUAGGAAAUGAAAUGUGAUAAGUUUGUAGAGAAAUAGGAAAUUUGGUGUUUUCUUUUGAUUUGUGCUGUUUAUUUUUCUGUCAUGUUGACUGUGCUCUACUAAUGGUUGGUGCCAAGAUUGAUGAGAAGUCAAAAAAAGGGAAAAAUAUUUUCGGACAUUAGGCUUAGCUAUGUGUUUGCUUUUGAUGUUUUCAGUGUCCUAUAAUCAGAGAUUUAAGGUUCCAUA